AUGAAAAAAGGAACAAUUUUUGGUUUAAUAUUUUCGAUGAUAAUUAUUUCUUUUACAGUUUAUUACUUAACUUAUUAACUCAUUCUGUAUUUUGGCAAUCAUAUAAAUCCGAAUUACAGAUCUCAAAACUUUAUAUCUAAUGAAAAUAUAUAAAUAGAUUUAAACUAGGAUUUAAUUGGAUUCAGAUUUGAAUAUGAUGUAAACAAAAAUAUAGAUAUUUUAUAAAGAAAAAAUAAUUAGACAUAUUUAGUUUUUAUAGCUAAAUUUUUUUACCAGAAUAAUGAUUCUUAAGAGGUGAUUUAAAUUGAUAUUAUUUAGUGCACAAAUUCCAAUUUAGCAGGAUUCUACUGCUUAGAUUUUUCAAAACUAUCAAACUACACUCUUGCUUUGAGUACAAACGAUAAUAUUCUAUCUAAAAUCAGUAUAUUAGUCUAUGGCUGCUCUGAUACUGAUUACGUAAAAAAUUUUAUUCCAGAUAAUUGUGCAAGCAUUUAAGAUAUUAAUGAUAUAAUUAAUGGAUUAAAUGCAGGCUUUAAACUGAAAUUGUUAACUUCGUAGUAUAAUACUACUUCUUAACAAAUUUAAGUUAACUAUAGAACAACAUUUACCUAUCUGAUAGCUAAUUAAUACAUUUUAAGUACAUACAAAGCAUAAAAAUAAAUGACUUAGGUCAGCUAAGGCCUUUUUUUUCAGUCUGAAGUAGAGUUUUCUUCUCCAAUAUCAUAUGAAAAUUCUAAUCAAAGUUUCGAUAGAUAAUAUUCUAUGUAAUAUUUGAACUUCUAUCCCUAUUUGGAAGUAGAUAUUCUAAUCGAUGAAAUUGUUCAGCAAAUAUAAAUUUAGUACCCUAUGAUUACAUCAAUUUUAGCUUAAGUUAACAGUGUUUUCACUCUCUUAUUAUUAGCAGGGAUUAUUAUUAAGAGAUUUUCUCAAAAUUCUAUAAAAAAAGACUUUUUUGUUCUCUUUUUGUCAAACUUCUACUAAGAUUCAUAUAUGGAUAUUCUAGAUUAAAAUGAUACUAGUAAAACAAAAUAAGACGCACCAAAAUAAUAAUUCGAAGAUAAAUAGUUAAUUUAGAUUAAAAAAUAUUCUGUAGAUGAGUUAGAAAUCAAGGAAGAUUAAGAAAAAGAAGAAAAUAAUAACAUUAACUAAAGUUAAAUUCCUAGCUUUCUUUCAAAAAGCAAACUGUUUUUAGAUUAAAGCAAAUUUAGAUUUAAUAAAUAAAGCUUUUUACAUCAAGUACAACGUUAAACUACACAGCAGACAAAUACUAAUGAAUAUGGAUCUUAAAUAGGUGAUAUUAAGGAAAAUUAAAGCUAACUUCUUUAAAUCAAACAUGAGAACUAAUCAUCAAAUAAUAAUCCUUUUAAUAACUCUCCUAAUUUUAAUUUUAGAGUAAAUGAAAAGGAGAAACAUAUUCCUAAUUAAAACUCCUUUUAAAAUAAAAGCUAAUCUUUUUAAAUAAAUAAAGAGACAUUAGAUCUUUCUUUGAAUUAAAAAUUGGGUAAAUUAAUUAAAGUCUAAAACUAAAUGAUAGAUGGAAGCUAUUUAGCUAUGGUUUCUAAGAAAGUUUAAGAUUAAGCAAUAUUUAAAAGAGUUUAUUAACUGCUAUUUGGAUUUAGAGGAUUUUGCAAAAAAGGAGAACAUUCAAAAUUAGCUUUAAGUGAUACUAAAAAAAAAAAGGUUUUUGACAUAGUGGAUAAAUAAAUAGAUAUCCUAAAACUAUACAAAGAAAUAUUUUUGCUCAAAAAAGCUGUAAUGAUAUUGCUAAAUCAAGAAUAAUUAGCCACAAUACAGCUGUUGGGCUGCUCAAAAGAUUAUCUAGACUUAGAUUUUGAUAAACUAAUAAAUAGUGAAUUAGAUGAUAGCUUAACUCAUUUUGAGAAAUAAUUUGCAAUAUCAUAAUCUGAGUAAUUGUAGAAUAAAUACAUCUAAGAAUUCUUUAAGAGAUGCACAGGUACUCAAUAGUUAAGUAAAAUAGAUAGUCGCAUUUUAAAUUCUCUGCUAAAAAAAAGGUGA